UUCCCCAUCUGAUGAGGAUGCAGCAGGCGGCACCAUCUCCGUUUCCUAUGAUGAUUCCACCGAAUGUUGCCAUCGGAGAUAAUGACGACCUGCCGGUUACUGUUGCUUUUGGCGUAAUUUCGAAGCUCUGCGAGAAAUGUCUGAUGGAAAUCGGCUACGUAGCACCCGAAGGCAUCGUAGAAUCAGUAUUUAAACGAAUCGUUGAAGAGGACGCGAGAGUGAAUGGCGAAACGAAUCUAGCGGGAAACUCAACGAUGGAAUCGGAUGAGACUGAAAGCUCAGGAGAAAGCAGCAUGGCGAGCACGAUUCCAGCGACGAAUAGCGACUCAAAGCCUGUGUCGGUUACAAUAGAGACUGGUCAUCAUCAUCAUUCUCACGAGGAAGCAACAAUGUCAGCUGCAUUCGUCCGCAUCGCCGGGAUGUUUGAACCGAUGCUCAACGCAUGGCGACGACGUCUUCGCUUCUGGGAGAAAUCUGCUGCAAUUAUCGACUCACCCGAGCACGCAAACAUGAUCGACUCCUUCACAGAAGAUGAGAUGAAGAAGAUGGCAAAGUGCGUCAUCAAGCAGAUAGGCAUGCAACUUCGGGAGCGCAUCCGGUCGGAACUGGCGCCGAUGCAGGCCCUGAAAGACAGGCUCUUUCCGGCCUCCGACAGUGUUGCAAACACGGCUACAAAUUCCUCGUCGUCCAUUUUGUAGACACCUUUAAUAUGCGUAUCCGGAAAUCGAGGGAGCAGUUUUCUUCUUAUCGCGUGCAACAGCACUCGUCGCACCAUCACUCGGGAUUCGAUGUUUUUUUUUUCUGUUGAGGAUGAGUAUAAUCGAAAUUCUCCGCAUGUUGGGGUCAUUAUAUGCAAAA